AUGGGUGCCCUCAAGUAUGUCGAAGAGCUCCAGAAGAAGAAGCAGUCCGACCUGGUCCGCUUCCUUCUGCGCGUGCGCUGCUGGGAAUACCGUCAACUGAACGUUAUCCACCGCGCCUCCCGCCCUUCGCGCCCCGACAAGGCUCGCCGCCUCGGCUACAAGGCCAAGCAGGGCUACGUUAUCUACCGCGUGCGUGUCCGCCGUGGUGGCCGCAAGCGCCCUGCCCCUAAGGGUGCCACCUAUGGCAAGCCCACCAACCAGGGUAUCAACCAGCUCAAGUACCAGCGCUCCCUCAAGGCCACCGCCGAGGAGCGUGUCGGCCGCCGCUGCGCCAACCUGCGCGUCCUCAACUCGUACUGGAUCAACCAGGACUCCACCUACAAGUACUACGAGGUCAUCCUUGUCGACCCCAGCCACAAGGCCAUCCGCAUCGACCCCCGCAUCAACUGGAUCGUCAACCCCGUCCACAAGCACCGCGAGGCCCGCGGCCUCACCGCCACCGGCAAGCGCUCCCGCGGCCUCAACAAGGGCCACCGCUACAACAAGACCACCGCCGGCCGCAGAAAGACCUGGAAGAGACACAACACCCUGUCCCUGUGGCGCUACAGGUAA